UUCAGGGGGAGGGACCAGCAGAGCCGGCUGGUGUUUGAAAAUGAAUGAUAUGCUGCUCAAGUUGUAGACAGAGCGGUCGUUGGAGUAUUUGCGUGUGUUUAGCGGCAGACUGAAGCCACAGCUUUUAUAGAGCGAAAAGAGGAAGAUCUCAGAGGAACCCUGUUUGACACAACCUGGAGAAAGAAUUAGUUUCCAGCAAUGCAAUUGACCGUGUGCGAGCCCGCCGCCAUGUCUGAAGCCGCGGUGAUGGAGCCUCCUCGAGCAGGCGGCUUCGUGGAGUCGUCCUGUGGUGCAGAAGACAGUGCAGCCUCUCUUGAUGACGGCAUUGUGGACACAGCGAAUGAGUCCUCAGAGGAAGAAUCGACAGGGGAAAGGGAGGAGGAGGUCGGUGCCCCCAGUGCAGCCUCCAGCAGCACCAAGACUACAGAGGCCCCUGCUGAGCAGAGCUCAAACACAAAAAUGGUGAAUGCCCAGCGGCCAGACUCCCUGUCGCUGCCAGCAGCAGCAGAGCCUCGUCUGUGGACAUCACAGCGCGAUGCCGAGGUGCAGCUGAGGAUGGGGGACUCCGGUCUGGCUGCUGAAAGCCCUUUGACAGUCAACCAGAUGUUCACCUCAGCGGUGGAGCGCUUUGGGACCUUCACAGCUUUAGGCUGGAAGGAGGGUGAACAGCAGAAAAGCCUCAACUACAAAGACUACUACCAGGCCUGUCGCAACGCUGCCAAGAGCUUCCUAAAGCUUGGUUUGCAGCGCUACCACGGUGUCGGGAUCCUGGGCUUCAACUCCGCGGAGUGGUUCAUCUCAGACAUUGGGGCCAUUUUGGCAGGUGGGUUUGCUGUGGGCAUCUACACCACCAACUCUCCAGAGGCAUGCCAGUAUGUGGCAGAAAACUGCAAGGCUGACAUCAUCGUGGUGGAGAAUCACAAGCAGCUGCAGAAAAUCCUACAGGUUGAAGACAAGCUGCCACACUUGAAAGCCAUUAUCCAGUACAAAGACGCACUAAAAGAGAAGAGACCAAAUCUGUACACAUGGGCUGAGUUCAUGGAGCUCGGACGUGACGAGCCUGACGCUCCUCUUGAUGCGAUCAUCUCCAGCCAGAAGCCCAACCAGUGCUGCGCGCUCAUCUACACCUCAGGAACCACAGGACAGCCCAAAGGAGUCAUGCUCAGCCAUGACAACAUAACUUGGACGGCGCUCUCCACCAGCAAACACGUGCGCCUCACAGACGCCACUCAGGCUCAGGAGGUCGUCGUCAGCUACCUGCCGCUGAGUCACAUCGCCGCUCAGAUGGUCGACAUCUGGGUCACCAUGAAGGUCGGAGGGGCGACCUACUUCGCUCAGCCGGACGCCCUGAAGGGUUCGCUGGUAAACACUCUGAAGGAGGUGCGUCCCACAGCCUUCAUGGGCGUCCCACGUGUCUGGGAGAAGAUGCAGGAGAAGAUGAAAUCAGUCGGUCAGAAGUCCUCGACUGUGCGCAGGAAAGUGGCAGCUUGGGCCAAAGAUGUGGGUCUGCAGACUAAUCUCACCAAGAUGAACCAAAAUGAAGCUGCUGGUCGCCCUCCUCUCAGCUAUCACAUCGCCAAAAAGCUUGUGUUCAAGAAGGUGCGUAAGGCCUUGGGGCUGGACCGCUGCAACAGAUGCUACACAGGCGCCGCUCCCAUCACCAAAGACACCCUGGAGUUCUUCCUCAGCCUCGAUAUCCCUCUGUACGAGCUGUACGGCAUGAGUGAAAGCACCGGACCUCACACCAUCUCCCGCCCUAAUGCCUUCAAACUCACCAGUUGUGGUAAAGAGAUCCCAGGAUGCAAAACAAAGCUGCACAACCCAGACGAAGAGGGGAACGGGGAAAUCUGCUUCUGGGGUCGUCACGUCUUCAUGGGUUACCUAAAUAUGCCCGACAAGACAGACGAGGCUCUGGAUGCAGAGGGCUGGCUGCACUCAGGGGAUCUGGGCAAACAUGACGAGAAUGGAUUCCUCUUCAUCACCGGACGCAUUAAAGAGCUGAUCAUCACAGCAGGAGGAGAGAACAUCCCUCCGGUCCCUAUCGAGGAUGCUGUGAAGGAGGCCGUGCCUCUGAUUAGCAACGCCAUGCUGAUCGGAGACAAGAAGAAGUUUCUGUCUAUGCUGCUCACCAUUAAGUGCCAGGUAAACGCAGAAUCGGGCGACCCAGAGGACGAACUGACACCAGAAGCCGUGGAGAUCUGCAAGAAGCUGGGCAGCAACGCCACACGUGUCUCUGAGAUCGCAAGCGGCCGAGACCGUUUAGUCUACGCUGCCAUCCAGGAGGGAAUCAACCGAGUCAACGAGAAGGCAACUUCCAACGCUCAGCGCAUUCAGAAGUGGGUCGUUCUGGAUCGGGACUUCUCUGUUGGUGGAGGAGAGCUGGGACCGACCAUGAAGCUGAAGCGGCCGGUGGUGACGAAGAUGUUCAAGGACCAGAUUGAGAACUUUUAUAAGGAGCUGGCGACUCCGACGACCCCCGACAACCCGCUGCCUCCUAAAUAAAGCUGCUGCAGCUGAGGGAGUCCACGUAUCAUCGAUCCAACCUCUUCCUGCUUGUUUCGGUUGCCUUAAGUUGUCCCUGUUCGGUCUUUGGUUUACAUUUGUGAUUGUUGUACAGAAGAGAAUUGAAAAAGAAGCCAUGUAAAAUAGCUUUAUGAUUUUGAAGAAGUUAUCAAUGAGUUGAAUCCAGCUAUUUAUUUGUAUUUCUGGGAUGGACGGUUGUGUUAAUUAUGUGAAGUAGCAGCAGCAGUGUGUAAGAAAUGUUGUUCAUUUUACUGUUAUACUUGAGAUGAAGAAACAGAGAAUCCAAAACACAAGUUAAUAGGAUGUUUAAAGGAAUAAUUUGUGUUUAUUUAUUUUUGGUUUGCCAAAGUUUGCCAAAUGAGCAUCAAAUGACGGAGCAGUUCUAGGAAUAGUCAUCAGUCCUAUGAAAUGCAUUCUGGCCUUUACAUGUUUUUGGUGUUUCUCUUGUUUUUGUCAUCUUUGAUUCAAAGAAAAUAAUCAUUUUGUUUUGUACAUGUGUGUUCCUAAAGCCAAAAACCGAUAAAUUUUAAGCUAUCUCAUGAUUCAGAACAUGUCAUUAAGCCAUAUAUUUUGCUUUUUGUAUUUGUACAGUCAGUGUAUUCUGACAGUUCAUGCUGACUCAUUUAACGCUGUAACUUUGUGGAAUUUUGUAAAUAUGUUUUGACUUCAUGUUUCAUUUGGCUUUAUUUAAUUUUCCAUUUAUUUUCUUUUUAAAGCCAUUCAGACCGGAAAUUAAUCAAUUUUUGCACUCACAAGUGAAAUGUACAAGAGUUGGUUUAUAUGUAAUUUUACGGCAAAUAUAUCAACUCAUUUAACUGUCUGCCUGUUGCCAAACCUCAUGCAUCGUAUAAAUGUUGAAAUGCUGGAGGUUUCUAUCACUCUGACAACACGCUUCCUCGGUGACAGUUCUUCAGACACAACGAUGAGACGUAAAAUGCUGAAAGAGGUUGUUGCACUCUACACAGCAGCUCUUGAGCAUGAAGUAGUUGUAAAUAAGGAUAUUCUAGGUAUGUGUAGCAAUCCCAACGGUGGAAAACUGAAGGUUAGCGGUUAUGGUUCACUCCUAGUCACUGGAGUUGAAGGUAAACUGCAAUUUAAAUCCAACGUUGAAAAGGAAAUGACGGCGAUUCAGGUGUCUGGGUGAGUGAGGUUCUUGAUUUUCUACAGUUUAUGGAACAUAUGAAAUGGGUAAAAAAAAAAAGAGAAAGAAGUGUGGCUAAAUAAAGUUUAAAGGCACUAUUUUGAUCUUUUAUUGGAAAGUUAAAUUACUGCGCUUUAAUCGUAGGAGCUUUGCUGCUGAAAUGUUGGUGCCCUCAGAUGAGAACUCACAGGAUCCCAGACAGAAAACUGGACUCACCUGACCCUAAAGAGCCGUUAACCGUGAUGUUAGCGGAGCUUUUUUACCACUACCAGGGUAGAAAGACGGGAGUAUGUAGGUUUCAGCAGGAGAAAUGUGAAGCAGGCCUGUUGGUCCUACAGACGUUUGAAUAUUUGUGUGAUCGGUUAUGGAAUAAAAGUUCAUUAAGUUGA